AUGGCAUUUAACUAUACAACUGAAGUUGAAUUUGAUUAUCUCUUUAAAAUAUUAAUUAUUGGUGAUAGUGGAGUUGGAAAAACUACCAUCUUACAACGAUUUGCGAAUGAUUAUUUUUCAACAGAAUAUGUAGCAACUAUAGGUGUUGAUUUUCAAAUUCGAACAUUAGAAAUCGAUUCUAAACGUUGUAAAUUACAAAUAUGGGAUACAGCUGGUCAAGAUCGUUUUAAAUGUGUUGUAUCUUCAUUUUAUCGUAAUGCAAAUGGUGUUAUCAUCUGUUUUGAUAUAACAGAUUUAGAAAGUUUUCGUAAUGUUAAUAAUUGGCUUGAAGAAGUUAAACGAUAUUGUCCAGAACAAACACCUAUGUUUCUUAUUGGUACAAAAUCGGAUUUAAAAACACGACGUAUGGUUUCCGAUGAUAUAAUUAAAGCUUAUGCUGAAAAAAAUCAAUUAUCAUAUCUUGAAACAAGUUCAAAAACAAAUGAAAAUGUUGAAAAAUGUUUUAUUAAUUUUACACGAACUUUAGUUGCUCAUACCAAUCAAAUGGAAAUGAUCUUUAAAAAAAAGCCAAUACCAGGACCAGAAGUCGAUUUGAAUAGUCGACGAAAAACAGUUAUAAAUUCAGAUAAUUCUGGAUGUUUGGGUGGCAUUUUUCUUGCUGUUGAAAAUGCUAAUUAUUUUAUUAAAGAAUAA